GAAGUGCUCUUCAAUAGACGAGGUAGGCAACGGAGGAAUUUGAGCAAAACAAUGCUGAAAACAGGCUUAAACUCUAUUAUUUGACACCGACAUCUCGUCCAACAUAGAAAAAUUUCUCAAGUUCCCCAAUGUAGAAGAAAAUGGAAGGAACGAAGGAGCCUGAGUUGACACAAGCCGUGAGAAUUGUUCUCAAAUACGAAAUUCAGUCUUUGCUGAGUAGGCUGUCUGACACUGGGGAAGAAUACAUCGUUCUGACUGCCAGCACAGACAAUCUCACGUGCGGCCAUAUCGGCUCCCAGAAGGGGGAAGGCUUCAUACAGACUUCUGGUCUGCAGAGUGUGAAACGAGAAUUCCUUGAUUUCUGUGCAGGUCACAAAGCUGAAACCAAACCAACAGCUAAGCCUCGACCUGUGCAAGUGCCCAUCCACCAAAUCAAGUCACAUCGACGAAAGUCAACACCUCGAUGUAGAAUACAAAACCCUCAAUCUUCAGAGCCCCCUCGGUGCCUUGAACCCAACCUUUCAAGGCCCCUGCCCAGCCCACUACCCAAAGAAUCCCAUAUGGCCAAUGAAAGUGGCUUCCUGUCGCAGGCUGGUGACGAGGAAUCCCCAUGUGCCUUAGAUUUGAGUGAUAAGGGCAGUCAUUUUGCGUACACAUUUGAUGGAACGCCAGGCGCUCCCGUGCAUAAUCACACUAACGGCCUGGUGGGUGGCACCAUGUCAGGCUUUGUGUACGAGCAGUCAAAUCUUAAGCAGGAAUCCUCUGAGGGCAAUUUGUUUGUGCCUGAUUGGAACAAGAUGAAACAUGAUGGCGUUGCUGGGCAAGGUAAUGAUGCUGAUGUAAAAGCAGAAUUCCCACUUUCUGCUGCUGAUGAGGAAGUAAAAAAAGAAGAACCUAUAGAUGAAGAUGCUGCCCUGUCUACUGAACAAAUUGCUGAACAGAUGGCGGCUGCCACUGCCCUUGUUCACCAUGGUCUAGCUUUCCAAAGAUCACCACUGAAACCAAAGUCAACAAACCGAAGAAAGCCAAGAAAGGCUCCAAUAAAGAUCAGCAGAAUAUUUCACGAAGCACCCGACUCAUUCUUAGGAAUGACCGAAGAAAGUAUUGCUGAGUCAGGGUUAGGUCUGGUGCCUGAAUUAAUAAACCAGGGACUCCUUACUACCGAUAAAAAGCCCGGAAACACUCUGGUGAGUUUGACUAACGGGCUGAACGAAAGAGGUAAGUCCACUCGCCCGGGUCUUUUGGACAUGAAAAGCGCCUUUGAAGAGAUUGGUAACAUGGCAAAAUGCCUUAUAUGCAACAAGAUCCUAGCGAAUAAGAACAACCGCACAUUCCACUGGAGAUCCCAUGUUGGGGACAAGCGUUACACGUGUGACAUCUGCAACAAAGCCUUUACCCACCCUUCCAAUAUGCGAUCUCAUCGGAAAAUCCACACAGAUGAGAAACCUUUCCCGUGCGAUUUGUGCGACCGACGUUUUCGUCGUCGUGACUACCUGGUCCAGCAUUUAGAGAGGUUCCACUAUAACCCGAAACAGGAACUUUCCAUGGAAAACCCCAUUUCGGCUGGGGGUUCUGAGAGCAAUAGCAACUGAAGGCAAAAAUGUUACUUUUGUGGUUAAAGAUGAUCAAAUUGUUGUUGUUUAAAUCUCAAAUAUAUUAAUCGGAAAUUAAAAUCAGGAAUUCAUUAAUUUUCAUUCAAUAUCAUGUGACUUCUACAGGAAAGAUUUCAGAAGGGAAAUCGAGUGGGAAUUUUUGGAAUAUAAAAUGAAAUGGACUGAUGCAAUUUCAUUAAAAAAAAAUUCAUUGCAAAGUAUGAAAGAUACAGUUUCUAAAUUAAUUGUUGGUCCAAAGUUUAGACCAGUGUAAGAAGCAUUUUGAAGAUAUGGAUUUUUUUCAAAAAUGCCUUUUCUGUUACAUUCCUUAUGAAAUUUUGUGAUAAAAUGCUUCUGUAAGCAUUUAUAAAAAAACAGUUGAAAAAGAGUCUUUUGUAAAAGGGCUGAUAUUUUUAUUCAGCUGGUGACCAUUAUUAUUUAGUGAAAUGAUCAUUUAACAAUAAUCAGAUCAAGUAUUGUUGCUUGUCAUUUUUAUUAUUACAUUAUAGACUGGUGACAAUGUGUUACCUUAAUCAAACAGAAACAUAAACAUUUAUAUAUUUUGUAGAUGAUUUAUUUCUUGUUGCCAUAGAACAUUUGUACAGUAUUGCAUAGAUUUGGAAAUCGUGUGCCUAAUAUGUAUAGAGACGUUUGGAAUUGCUAGUCUAGAUUUACUAAUUUGUAACUUGAUUUUUUGUUUAUAUCUGUCAAUAGAAUAUUGUUUUGUUAUUUGUUUGAAAGUUUGUACCAUAAGAUUGAUAUGUGUGGGUCGUGUGUUAGAACUCAGAAUUUCAGAUGUUAUUAUUUUACUUUAUGGUUGUGACAAUCAUUUAUAAGUCCCAUAGUCUAUUGUUGGUUAUUUGGUCUUGGCCCGUAUUCACAAAGGUCCUAAGAAAAAUUCUAACUUAAGAUGUUCUUAAUAGGGAUUUUUUCAAUAUGAAAUCCAAUUUUUUCUGUUACCAUAGGACUAAAUAAAUAAAAAUGUGAUUGAUGUGAAAUCCAAUGCUUUGUGAUACAAAAUGAUUUAUUAUUUUAGCAAAAUAUACUUGUUUAGAACAAUAUAUAUAAUAUAUAUAUAUAUAUAAGAAAUCCUUUGUACAAGGCAUGAGGCAGUUUAGGGAUUUAAGUAAAUUCCCUGUGAAACUUUGUGAAUAGGUGCUGGUGUACCAAAGUAAUUGAGGCUCAAACUUUAUAUUAUGUAUCAUGCAUGCACCAAAUAUGUGCAGGUUGUAAAUGGCAGAACAGUUAAAAACAUGUGAUUAACGUCUUAAACAUGUUGGAAACAAGAAAUGAGAAUGUUGUACUUUAAACAUUCAUUUAUCAACUAAAAUAAAGCAAAGCGAAAAUGACAGGGUUUUUCAGGACUAAAUACACUUUUACUUACUUUACAGGGUCUUGCAGGGUUUUGUAGGGACAAACUGUUUAUAUUUUUUACCGGCCUAGGUUAUAUAGAUGCUUAAAAUUGGAAUGAUCAUAAGUGUGACUUUUUUUUGUAUUCAAACAAUAUUGGUUCGCAAGGAGCAAUGAUUUAUAUUUGUGUGUAUUGUUAGAGAAGAUUUUGAGAAGUACAUGCAGUUGUUAUUUGCUAUUCGUUUUGAACUUGUAAAUUAAGUAUGUUAUCACUAAAAUAGUUUAACAUUUCUAUUAAUUAAACUAAAUUAAUUAACUUAGGUAUUCAGCAUGCCCCGAUUAAAAAAAGCUUCUAAUUUACAUACUUUUUAAGUCAUAGUACUGGACGUGGCUUACAAUUUUUUUUUUUUGCAAUCACUAAUUAGCUCAGAUUGUUGUCUCAUAAUAUUUGUUACUUUUCUUUGACAUUCAUGUUACAUGUAACUCCCUAUGCAAAGUUUCCAGUAUUUGUAUUGAUAGCUAUUUGCAAUCGCUACUUUUCUGGGUUCAUAAUUGCCAAAAAUACAUUUUUUGUAAUGAAAUGUAAUGAAAACAUUCACAUGUCAGAAUUAACUGCUGAAUGAACGCUAGUGCUGAGAAAAAUGUGCUCAUUUACAUUGAAUGGUUGUUACUGUGCAUGCAUUGUUUAACCAUGGCUAAUGUUCCAAUAACAACUACUUUUUUUAGUGUUCUCAUAUAAUUUAAUGUAUUCCAAUAUAAUGAGAGUAUUAUUAUAUCAAAAACGGUAUUUAAUACAAUGAAAAGAAAACACUAGUGCUGAGAAAAAAUGUGCUCAUUUUAUUGUAUUUACUGUGCUGUUUAUAUUAUGUUUUGUGAAUUUAAAUAUACAAUCUCAUGUGGAAAGCAUAUAAAGUUUUUUGCCUAUGUUUGUAUUUACAUUUAACUAGUCCCAUCAUAACAAUAUUUAUUAAUGUAUCACAAUGAGUAAGCCAACGCAAUAUGCCAAAAAAAUCAAUUUAUGAGAGAAAAGCAAGGUAUAUGGUGCACAAAUAUCAAACAAAACCGUUAGUUUUAUACACAGGCCUUGAAAUGUACCUCUAACAUUUAAAAAGGCUACACAAUAUUUUUACCACCAAUAUACAUUACCUUCUUAUUCUAUGUCUGUUAUUCUAUGCCUUAAAAACAUUAUCUGAUUUUCAUGUACUACAGUGCACUUGCUGAUUGUCAUAUAUUUCAGAACACUUGCUGAUUGUCAUGCACUGCAGUACACUUGCUGAUUUUUGUCAAGCACUGUAGUAAAGUUGCUGAUUUUCAUGCACUGCAGUACACUUGCUUAUUUUGCGCUGCAGUACACUUGCUGAUUGUAGUGCACUGCAGUACACUUGCUGAUUGUCAUGCACUGCAGUACACUUGCUGAUUGACAUGCACUCAGUACACUUGCUGAUUGCCAUGCACUGCAGUACACUUGCUGAUUGACAUGCACUGCAGUACAGUUGCUGAUUGUCAUGCACUGCAGUACCCUUGCUGAUUUUCAUUCACUGCAGUACACUUGCUCAUUGGCAUGCACUGCAGUACACUUUCUUAUUGGCUUGCACUACAGUACACUUGCUGAUUUUCAUGCACUGCAGUACAGUUGCUGAUUGGCUUGCACUACAGUACACUUGCUGAUUUUCAUGCACUGCAGUACAGUUGCUGAUUGGCUUGCACUACAGUACACUUGCUGAUUUUCAUGCACUGCAGUACAGUUGCUGAUUGGCUUGCACUACAGUACACUUGCUGAUUUUCAUGCACUACAGUACACUUGCUGAUUUUCAUGCACUGCAGUACAGUUGCUGAUUGGCAUGCACUGCAGUACAGUUGCUGAUUGGCUUGCACUACAGUACACUUUCUUAUUGGCUUGCACUACAGUACACUUUCUUAUUGUCAUGCACUACAGUACACUUGCUGAUUGUCAUGCACUGCAGUACACUUGCUGAUUGGCAUGCACUGCAGUACACUUUCUUUUUGUCAUGCACUACAGUACACUUUCUUAUUGGCUUGCACUACAGUACACUUUCUUAUUGUCAUGCACUACAGUACACUUGCUGAUUGUCAUGCACUGCAGUACACUUGCUGAUUGGCAUGCACUGCAGUACACUUUCUUUUUGUCAUGCACUACAGUACACUUGCUGAUUGGCAUGCACUGCAGUACACUUUCUUAUUGGCUUGCAAUACAGUACACUUUUUUAUUGGCUUGCACUACAGUACACUUGCUGAUUGUCAUGCACUGCAGUACACUUGCUGAUUGGCAUGCACUGCAGUACACUUUCUUUUUGUCAUGCACUACAAUACACUUGCUGAUUUGAUGUUAUAUUCUUAACCAGGGGCUAUGUACCUGAAGUAUCUCAGGAAAAUAAUAAAUAUAGAAGUCAUUUUGAAAAAUAUCACAUACAUGUUUGCUUGUGAGACAUCAACAUGUUAUAUUUAAAAUACUGUACAACAAAAGUAUCCAAUUAAACUUGACCUCUCAUAUACAAACUGUUUAACAUACAUUUAUAUAUCAAUAUAUAUCAAUGUCCCAACCAAAUAUUUGUUUAUUUUCCAGAAAAUAUUUUUUUAUUAACAAAAUAUCAACAUUGAUGCACCAGCCUUUAGUGUACAAGUCCACCAAACUUCCAAUCACAGGAGGGCAAAUAAUUUGAAAACCCUGUCAGUAUGUCAAUGAUUUAACUGCAUGUCAACCCAGUUUAACCCUUUCAGUGCGGGAACCGAAUUUUGAAGGCCUUUGCAAACAGUUUGGAUCCUGAUGAGACGCCACAGAACGUGGCGUCUCAUCAGGAACCAAACUCUUUGCUAUUCUGAUAGUAUUCUUUGAAAAAAAUCGAAGAAAAUGCUAAUUUUAGAAAUUCAGCAGACAACAUUUUAGCAGAAGACAAAUUACCCAGCAUGCAAAGGGUUAAAAAUUAGUACCAUGUUGCUGCUAAAUGCAGAUCAAUAUGUCAUGUCAUUCAAUAUACGUCCCUUUAAUUAUGGCAGCAUUACUAUUUGAUGGUUGUGAACAGAUUUUGAUGUAUGAUUUGUAAGUUAUUUCAUAUCAAUAUAAUUGAGGUAGUUUUGCUAGUGAAAUGUUGCUUAUGUGUUUUUGUUUAUUGUUAAACAUGCAUUUCUACAAUCAAACUUUUUAAAAAUGUUUUGUCUACAUUUUGAUAUGCAUUCCAUUUGCUCCAAAAUCCAAACAUGCUGUAUUCAGCGUUUUACAUAUAUUUCUGUCACAAAAUGGCUCAGUUUUGUUGAUUUCUUAUGUUAAUUUAUGUUUUGUUUUGUAAAUUGUGUUGUGUUAUUAAUUUUGUACUUGGAAAGUCUUUUUUGACAUUAUGUAACAAAACAAUGUUCCCAUCAGUUGUAAAAUGAAUUUAUUUUUUAUUUUAAUUAUGUCUAUUUGUUAUGAUGAAUUUGUAAACCUAUCUUAAUUUAUUUAAAGAUCAAUUUUGUAUUGUCUGUAUGCUGAACACUCUUGAUAAUGAUAACCAUUUUUACCCUCACCUUUGUUAUGCAAAAAGUCAAAAUAGAGCAGAUAAUAGUGAUUUUUUUUGUUAGUCAUACUCUUGUACAUGUGUGUUAUUUUCAACAGUAAAAGUCUUUUUAAUUCUUGCAUGUUAUGUCAAUGCUAGAGCCUUCUUCAAAACCUAGACCACCUUAAUUGUUUUCUUGUAAACAAUUUUCAUUAAUAACCGUAAGAUUUGUCUAUAUGGUUUUUUUUCUGUAGUGAAAUUAGAGAACUAGUUGUAUGUUCUUAUUAUAUUUCAAUUAACAAGAGCUGUGCUCUGUGAAAAAGGGGUUUAAUGCAUGUGCGUAAAGUGUCAUCCCAGAUUAGCCUGUGCAGUCUGCACAGGCUAAUCAGUGAUGACACUUUCCGCCUAAACUGGAUUUUUGCUAAGAAAAGACUUUCCAUAAAGGAAAAAUACCAUAAAAGCGAAAAGUGUUGUCCCUGAUUAGCCUGUGAGGACUGCACAUGCUAAUCUGGGACGGCACUUUAUGCACAUGCAUUAACCCCCUUUUUCACAGAGCAUGGCUCAUUUGUAUUCAGUCUUAUGCAGAUUGUUAGAAGCACUAGAAUAUUGAGCAGUUUUUUUUUCUCACCCAGAAUGCGUGGGAAUAUUUAUAUGGUAAGCAUGCACAAUAAGAAGAAAGUUUAAAAACCGAUUUAAAAGUGUUUAAUUCGAUAAAAAAAUCUAUCUCUUGAAAUACAUAAUAAUUUUGUUAGUUUUUAUUGCUUGCCAGGUUUAGUUCAGACUGUACUGAGAUACUUAAAACAGUAUUCACAAACAAUUGUAAGUAAAUGCCUUAAAAUGAUCACCGAAGUAUUAAAAAAACACACUCAAUUCAUUAUUUGGUUAGAUUAUUUGUUCUGUAAAUUAUUUAGUGAUUCUGAUUUAAGGGUAUACCAGUGAUUUUGCAAUGAAACUUUUUAUACAUUUAAAAGUUUUAAGAAUGGGGAGUUUACAAAACAAACUAAUAUUCCUCGAGAAUACUACCAUCGCAUCCUUAAGGAUUUUGGUAACCUUCACUUUGCAAGUGCAAAAUAUUCAUUAAUGACAAUCUAUCUAUAUAUCUUAAAAUUCAGAAAUAUUUAGUGUUAGUCAAGCCUUCCAUUUGUAAUCACCAGUGUAGCAUAAUUUAAGCCAUUUUGUGGCUUUUGAGUUUUGAGGAGAUUUAUCACUUACUGUAAAAGUUAUUUUCAACCAUGAUGCCAUAGAUAUUGGGAAAUGUAUAAACUGUAUAGUAAUUAUGCAAAUGUUGUACCGGUACAAUCAAAACCCUGUUUGCCAUAUGCGAUUUGUGAUUUUCUUUCAUAGCAUUAUAUAUUCAUGUUAUUAUAGCAAAGUAGCUUUAUAUAAUUAUGUUUAUGUGUUAGUGUUUGUGUUGGUUUUUAUGUCCCCCACUAUAGUAGUGGGGGACAUAUUGUUUUUGCCCUGUCUGUUGGUUGGUCUGUUGGUUGGUUGGUUUGCGCCAACUUUAACUUUUGCAAUAACUUUUGCUAUAUUGAAUAUAGCAACUUGAUAUUUGGCAUGCAUGUGUAUCUCAUGGAGCUGCAUAUUUUGAGUGGUGAAAGGUCAAGGUCAUCCUUCAAGGUCAGAGGUCAAAUAUAUGUGGCCCAAAUCGCUUAUUUUAUUGAAGAUAGCAACUUGAUAUUUGGCAUGCAUGAGUAUCUCAUGGAGCUGCACAAUUUGAGUGGUGAAAGGUCAAAGUCAUCCUUCAAGGUCAGAGGUCAAAUAUAUUUAAUCCAAAUCGCUUAUUUUAUGAAUACUUUUGCAAUAUUGAAGAUAGCAACUUGAUAUUUGGCAUGCAUGUGUAUCUCAUGGAGCUGCACAUUUUGAGUAAUGAAAGGUCAAGGUUAUCCUUCAAGGUCAAAUAUAUGGGUCAAAAUUGCUCAUGUAAUGUCACUUCUGCAAUAUUGGAGCUAGCAAUUUUAUAAUUGAAAUGCAUGUGUAUCUCAUGGAGCUGCACAUUUUGAGUGGUGAAUGGUCAAGGUCAUCCUUCAAGGUCAGAGGUCAAAUAUAUGUGGCCCAAAUCGCUUAUUUUAUGAAUACCUUUGAAAUAUUGAAGAUAGCAACUUGAUAUUUGGCAUGCAUGUGUAUCUCGUGGAGCUGCACAUUUUGAGUAAUGAAAGGUCAAGGUCAUCUUUCAAGGUCAAAUAUAUGGGUCAAAAUUGCUCAUGUAAUGUCACUUCUGCAAUAUUGGAGCUAGCAAUUUUAUAUUUGAAAUGCAUGUGUAUCUCAUGGAGCUGCACAUUUUGAGUGGUGAAAGGUCAAGGUCAUCCUUCAAGGUCAAAGGUCAAAUAUAUGUGGCUCAAAUCGCUUAUUUUAUGAAUACUUUUGAAAUAUUGAAGAUAGCAACUUGAUAUUUGGCAUGCAUGUGUAUCUCAUGGAGCUGCACAAUUUGAGUGGUGAAAGGUCAAGGUCAUCCUUCAAGUCAGAGGUCAAAUAUAUGUGGUCCAAAUCGCUUAUUUUAUGAAUACUUUUGCAAUAUUGAAGAUAGCAACUUAGUAUUUGGCAUGCAUGUGUAUCUCAUUGAGCUGCACAUUUUGAGUGGUGAAAGGUCAAUGUCAUCCUUCAAGGUCAAAUAUAUGGGUCAAAAUUUCUCAUGUAAUGUCACUUCUGCAAUAUUGAAGCUAGCAAUUGCAUAUUUGAAAUGCAUGUGUAUCUAAUGAAGCUGCACAUUUUGAGUGGUGAAGGGUCAAGGUCAAGAUCAUCCUUCAAGGUCAAACAUCAUAUAGGGGGUCAUUGUGUUUCACAAACGCAUCUUGUUGAUAAUAGAAGUUUAAAUAAUACAAACCUUUAUUUCAAGCUGUGACCUUUUAUUUUGUAUCCAUUACUUGUGAAAACAUGACUUGUGUACUGCUGAACGGGGGCGGGGGGGGGGGGGUGGUGGCUUUUUCUAUUACAGUCAUGAUUUUUGUUUUGUAAUGAUUGCCUGCAUGCAGAUUUAUGUGUUAUUUAAGUUAAUUUCUUUCAAACAAUUUUUAAUUUAUGAGACACUGUUGGGGGCUCCAUAUAAAACAGUUUUUCUUAAAAUAAUUCAUUAUUUCACUUUUGAAAUUUUCACACGUCAUUGCUUUAAUAAAUACAAACCAAGGGGGCUAUUGCAAAAUAGGCUUAAUGCAUGUUUAUGAAGUAGAAAUGUUACUUUUUUAUUUUUCAGUAAAGAACUGCAUUUGCUUAUCUGGGAAAUUCUGGACGCACAUGCAUUAAGCCCAGUUUUCUAAGAUACCCGCACAAAUAUAUUUGACAUUUGUGAUUGACGAUUUUAGGCUUUUCAUACUAACAGUCCUUAUGUGUAGAUCUCCGCAAAAGUCUUAAUCGUUAUAUUUGCCUUAUCUUAGUGAAACCCAGUUUAAUGUUGUGUUUAUAUAGUAAAUUUUAUGGACUGAUCAAACAUAAUUGUUUACAAUAAUUUAUUUUACCUGAAGAACAAAGUGCAUGGUAUUGAUAUGGUUUCGUUUCACAUUUAUUGACAGCCUAGCCAAUAAAACUGAUAUUUAAACAAUAAUGUGACACCCAGUGUGGAAAAAAAAUGUAUGUAUCGGAAAUAUGUUUAAGUUAGCUGCUUGUUUUGUUUGUGUUUGGUCCAAAAUUAAUUGAUAUAAGAAAAUCUUAUUUUUUACACAAUACCAUGUUAUCAUCCUAUGAACAUGAUUAAUAUUCAUUAGAAUUAGCUGUAAUCCAAUCAUUAUGUAUUUGUCCAGUUUUGAACAUGUUUUCUUUGUAUUGCACUGAAGUACAAGCGGUUAUUUUGAUUUACAACAUUAAAAACCAUCACCUUAGAUACGCACUUGUCUGAUUGUAAAAUAUCUUAUAUAGUUUGAAUGUUCUCAAAUGAUUUAUUGUCAAGACAUACAGUAUUAAUCUAGAGAAAACAACAUUUUACAUACAUUUAAUUUACUCCACUGUUUAUAAAUCAAGAAAAGUUAUUGUAGUGAGCAUGUGUACACUUUAAUAGUACAAGGAAAACACUGUUGUCGGGCUGGUUCAAAAGAGUUCUUUAUGCAAAUCUGUUGAAAUGAGUCAUAAUAAUGAACUAAUCGUUGUUAUUUUGAAAUUUAAAUGUAUAGUUUAUUUUGUUCGUUCGGUUUAUAUGUAGACGGAAAAAAGUUGACCUGUUUGCUUGAAACAUUUUUGUGUACAAUGUUCAUCUUAUCGCAAGUACUUGAUAUAUAAAAAUAAUUGCUAUAUUUUGUAUCUCAAAUUUAAGGUGACAUACCAUUCGGUACAAUUAAAAAGGAAGAGUCAUUUAAAUAAGACCAGUAAAUUUAGAGACAUUGUUGUGAAUAAAUUCUAUUAACAUCAGAAAGAAUAUUGAUUGAACUUAAACAUGUAAAUGACAUUGGAAAAUGUGUACAAUAUUGUAUUGCAAUUUAUUUCACUCGUUCUAUUUUUGGUCGUAGAUUUAAAGCCAUUUGAAGAUCAUGCAUCAUUUGAAAGUUAAAACUUCAGAUUUUUGUAGAAUCUGUAGCAUAUUUUCUAACAUACAUGGCGGAUAUGUAAAUUGGCGGGUUUGAACAGUUGUUAACUAGAUUUCAUUAUAUGCAAAUUAUUAAGUAUAUGCAAAUUGAAUUGAAUUUACAUUUAUGUUGUUCAAAUUGCAAGGACAAUCUGUAAGCUGUGUUGUUAACAGUCAUGUGUGUAUUAAUAAUAUUAGGCUAGACUUUCCGUGCACUGUUCAUAGCCAGAAUAUGAGGGCCAAAAUAUGGUUGUGAUUAAGUUUUGAUCUAAUAAUGUUUGUUUCUUGAAUAAUUUCCUGUGUACCUGCUCAUUGUUUUACACGUUUUAAAGCGUCCACACAAUAUGUACACUUACACCACUGUCAUUGUCUUGAUAAUCAGUAUACGGCGUGAUUAUAUUGUCCAGAAAUAAUCCUGGUACUUUGUUUAACCCGGAUUUGUCAUUCCAGUUUUUGUGAUAACGGAGUUCACUUGAGAAAAGAAUCACAUGUUUUUUUGUUUUAUUAUGUUUUUUUUUAUUAUUUUUGAUACUAACAUAGAAGUAAUGUGAUUUCAAUAAAAUUGGAAUUGGACGAAA